GUUGUUGUUAUUUUUUGUUUUCCUCUCAAAAUGUCAAACAUGGAGAAAAACACAAUUGUUGAACGCAUUCAGAAAAAGAUAAACUCUACUCAGCUGAGACCCGAAGAAAUCCAAGCGAUUGAUAAAGCGAGGAGUCAAGUUUAUAAUCAAACAACGGUGGGAGGUUUUGUGGGUGCUGUGGGUACUUUUCUCAUUGGGCGUAAAAGAAAGAUAUCUCCCUUCUUGAUGUUACCCUUUGUGGGCGGCGGGUUUCUCAUAGGCUCCCAAGUAGGCAUGGUAUCGGGUAUCAUGUCCGGUAUCCGUACCAUUAAGCGCUUACCUGAUCAAGCGCGUCUUGUGAACCUCGUAAAAGAUAUACAGUAACAUUGUUGUAUCCAUUUUAUUUUAUUUUGUAUUACUAAUUUUUUUUUAAGAAAGGUCCGAAGUCAUGCAUUCAAGUGGAUAUACACAAGAUAGUCCUACAAGUAAGCCUCGUCCAAUGACACCACAAGAAAAAGCUCAGUAUCAACAAACUUUACUAAAUGACGAAACAAUGGUUGAAAAUGACCCAAUCUCCCAGAAACAAGAGGAUAAACAAGACAUGGCAACAGAGGAUGUAUGGUGGAAAGAUAACACGGAAACAACUAACGAUACGUGGACAGAUGAUGGUGAUAAAUACAUGCAAUCUACGACGAAGAGUGAUAGCGCAUGGGAUAGAAUUAGACAGGAAAAUAACAAGUAGUUAUUUACAUGUUUUUAUUAUUAGCGAUUAAAUAGGAAAGGGUAUCAUUAUUACAUGUACAUACAAAAAAAAAGAAGAAAAAAAAAAG